UUCAAUUUCCCACUCAGGAUUGGCCACACUUGAAAGACUUGACCUUAGCCGAUCCUGGUUACUCAACGCCAGGACCCAUUGAUCUAAUCAUUGGAGUCGACUUCUACUCUCAUAUAAUAGAAGAAGGCCUUAUUAAAGGAAGUUCGACCUCACCUAUAGCUCAACGAAUCAAACUCGGUUGGAUUUUAUCCGGAAACACUAACCAACACAUUGUCCCUGCCGUGUCACACAGCUAUUGUGUUUCCUCUGACAACGACUUGUAUGAGCUGUUGCAACAAUUUUGGAAAGUUGAGGACCUUAAUCUCACUCCCCCAUCUCGUUUAUCAAAGGAAGAAGAAAACUGUGAAAAUCAUUAUAAAAGCAAUCAUGCACGGGAUAAGGAGGGUCGAUACAUUGUUAGGCUUCCAUUAAAACGUUCUCCAACGGAGUUGAGCAAUUCCCGCAUAAAGGCACUGAAUAUAAUGUAUCAUCAGCAAAAACGGUUGUCCACUGAUCCAAACUUCGCUGCUGCCUACUCUGAUUUCCUCGGCUCGAAUUAUUAG